AUGUUCUCCAAGACAUUUCUUCUUUCCUCCAUUGCUCUGGGGGCCAGAGUCGUGAAUGCGGCGUUUGGUAUUACCGACAAUGGCAGCUCCUACACCAUCGACGCCAACGCUGCCAACUUCUUGAAGUUUACGGUCAACAAGUCCAGCUGUGACAUCACGUCCAUUUCGUUCUACGGCUCGGAGCUGCAAUACCAGAGCACAGGAAGCCAUAUCGGUUCUGGACUCGGUUCGGCUACGGUAUCUGCGACUCAGGAUGGCGACUACAUCAAGGUUACUUGCGAUACGUCGACUUUGACUCAGUACUUUGUUGUCCAUAAUGGAGACCCCAUUAUCCAUAUGGCUACCUAUAUCACCGCAGAACCAUCGAUCGGUGAGCUGCGCUUUAUUGCUCGUCUUAAUUCCGACCUUCUGCCAAACGAAGAGCCCUUCGGCGAUGUCUCAACCACAGCUGGCAGCAGUUCCACCGUCGAAGGAUCCGACGUGUUCGUCGUCGACGGCGAGACCCGUAGCAAGUUCUAUUCCAGCGAGCGGUUCAUCGACGACCAGAGACACUGUAUCUCUGGAAGCGCCCACCGCGUCUGCAUGAUCCUCAACCAAUACGAGUCUUCAUCCGGCGGUCCUUUCUUCCGUGACAUCAACUCCAACAAUGGUGGCUCUUACAAUGCGCUUUACUGGUACAUGAACUCCGGCCACGCCCAAACCGAAUCCUACCGCAUGGGCCUGCACGGUCCUUACUCGAUGUACUUCAGCCGAAGCGGAACGCCCGGCACCAGCAUUGACACUUCUUUCUUCGCCAACCUCGGUAUUAAGGGAUACGUUGCUGCAAGUGGUAGAGGAACCGUGACCGGGACUGCCUCCGGCGCCGACUCGAGCAUGGAUUGGGUUAUUCACUGGUACAACGAUGCUGCCCAGUACUGGACCUACACAGCCUCCGGCGGCAAAUUCACCUCCCCCGCCAUGAAGCCCGGCACCUACACGAUGAAAUACUACCAAGGCGAAUACGCAGUUGCCCAGGACACCGUGACCGUGACCGCCGGUUCAACCACAACGAAGAACAUCUCCGGCUCCGUCAAGACAGGCACCACCAUCUUCAAGAUUGGAGCGUGGGACGGCCAACCAACCGGCUUCCGCAACGCCGACAAACAACUCCGCAUGCACCCCUCCGACUCCCGAAUGUCCAGCUGGGGACCCCUCACCUACACCGUGGGCUCCUCCUCGCUCUCCGACUUCCCAAUGGCCAUCUUCAAGAGCGUCAACAACCCAGUGACCAUCAAGUUCACCGCUACAUCCGCGCAAACCGGCGCGGCGACUCUGCGUAUCGGAACAACGCUCUCUUUCGCUGGCGGUCGGCCGCAGGCAACGAUCAACAGUUACACGGGCUCUGCGCCCGCCGCGCCCACGAACCUCAAUUCCCGCGGCGUCACGCGCGGAACGUAUCGCGGGAACGGCGAGGUCUAUGAUGUUUCUAUACCGUCCGGCACGAUUGUCGCGGGCCAGAACACGAUCACCAUCAGUGUUAUCUCCGGCAGCUCGGGGGAUACCUACCUGAGUCCUAAUGUGAUCUUCGAUUGCAUUGAGCUCUUCCAGUAG